AUGCGGUACGCUUUGCUAUUCGGCGCCCUUGUUCUCCUCGCGAGAGAAGGACAGACAGCUCCAAAGAUCCCGGAGAACCAAGUAGUUGCUCACAUCGUUCAAGGACGGAGCUUCCGUUCAGACCGGGACUCGGGCGCCUUGACCCCCUCCGGUCGGGCCCACCCCGGGUUCCGCUUCAACGGUACUAAUGCAACAACAUCGGGGGGCACAGGCACAGCUGUCGCUGGAGUGGCUAGCAGCAUUGCGCUGCCGCUCAACACCACAAAAACCACAUCUCGUUCCCUGGGGUGCCCCUUGAGCAUCAUCACGUCGACGAUGACGGUUGACGUAACAUUUUACAUCACUGCCACGACUUCAUAUGGCAGCAACCUGACAUCCUACAUUGGCACUGAUUCUCCACUUACCUCGUCUCAAUCGAUACUAAGCUCUACGACCUCACACGUAUUAGGGAACAUAUCUUUAACAUCAUCUCACUUGUCCACUGGCUUCAUCGAUCCUAUCGCCUCUUCAUAUGUAUCCGUUGCCACCACUUCCACAGUUUCUAAAUCACUUUGUCCCGAGGAAAUAACUAAGACGCAGCUACCGCAGACAAACACAACAACGAAAACGUCUUUCAGACAUUCUGAUAUUUCGACUAUGACUAUCAGUCCAUCUGAAAGUUACAGGACUGAGUCAUGCGAAAAUGAUUCGAGGUCUACUUAUCAAUCUAGCACAGUAGUAACUGUAUCUGGUCCGCUCAUGAACUCAACGACAGAUGGCUCCUUGUCAACCACCUCUACUAGCCGUCAUACAAAUUCGACUGCUAUCUACGCGUCGAAUUCGCAGAGCACGAGCGAAUCUCUAGUUAACCCCGGUUCCCUAUCACCAGUCUCAUCUAUGCCUGCGCCGGAUUGCGCCUCAACGAUUAGCCAAACCAUCACAGACUCAUCAAGUUCUCUCAGCAAAACGGUAUCUACCCAUACCUCAGUAGAAUCCAUCACUACAAGAGAUUCCUCCGAGGACCAUUCUAGCAUCAGGAUAUCUGAGACUCUCUCGGAUAUAUCUUCUACGUCUAUUCAAGGUAUCAUGACUUCGAGCUCUAAACCGGAUCCUGCGACAUCGACUAGCACCAAUACACCAGCUUCAUGGACCAGCCAGACCACCGAAACGAUAUCCUUCAGCAUUUCCAGCACCGCCGACACUCAGAUAACAUCUGGCACCCACCUUCCGACCUCGACAGAGAGCUGCGUCAUUGACACCUCCAUGAUACCCAUCACCAGUGCACCACUUACUUCUGUUCCUUCAUCAACCCUUGAACCAUCGAGGACAGUGUGCCAGAAUGAUGCACCAACUGGCAAGCCAAUGCCGGAAAAUCACCAUUGCGGUGUCCAUGGCUUGCCAGUUGGUAACUACUUCUUGGCGCGCUUUGUCGAGAAUGCACCGGGGGUACGUGUGACUCUUGAAGGGUGCUACCAGUUCUGUAACAGCGUUAUGAGUACAACGGAUGGCUGCAAAGCCUACCGCUUCUACCCCGAGAAGGGCCUCAAUGUCCCACGAUGCGACUUGUACGGCAGUAAUGUUGCCUACGCAUUAAACUCCAUCGAUAACGACCAUGCUGAUAUCUGGUUUGAUCUCACAUGCGGAUCGCCUUCGGAUCAGAAGUGGGCGCAUCUUCCCGGGAUGGCACGUCUUCGUGAGUUAGGGUUACUGGAGUAA